AUGACGUUCACUUUGCCACAAGCGUUCAGAAAUUAUCUGGCCAAGAGACGCAUUAACAAAAAUCGCCUGGUGACCAGAGAUGGCCACUGUAACAUUGCAUAUGGCAGCGUGAGGCACAGCCAGCUCUUUAUUUACCUGCUGGAUAUCUGGACCACGUUAAUGGAGAUGCGCUGGCGUUAUGUCAUGUUUCUAUGUGGAGCUUCAUUCAUAUUCGGUUGGUUCAUUUUUGGACUCUUCUGGUAUUGGGUUGCUCUGGUUAACGGUGACCUGGUGUGGCAAAACCCGCCUGCUGAUCAUGAGUUUUGUGUGAUAAAUAUUUUAGACAUGACUGGUGCCUUUCUCACUUCUAUAGAGGCUCAGAUGUCUAUCGGCUAUGGCUAUCGACUCAUUACACCAUAUUGUCCCAGUGCGAUCGUGGUCUUCACAGUUCAGGUGGUUUUUGGGACAGUUAUUAUUUGCUUUUGGUGUGGCGUCAUCAUGAUUAAAGUCGCCAGGCCAAAGAAAAGAGGCAAAACCAUAAACUUCAGUAAAGUCGCUGUUAUCUGUCCUAAAGACGACUGGCUUUGUUUGCAGAUUCGAGUCGCCAACCUGCGCAAAUCUUUAAUGGUCGGCAGUCAGAUUUACGGCAAGCUGCUCAAGACGACCGUCACACCCGAGGGUGAGACCAUCAUCAUGGACCAGAUCAGGAUGGAUUUUAUGGUGGAUGUGGGCAAGCACAACCUUUUCUUCGUCUGCCCUUUGACCCUGUACCAUGUUAUUGACGAAUCCAGUCCAUUCUUUAUGAUAUCACAGGAGACUCUGCACCAACAGGAUUUUGAGCUUGUGCUGUUUUUGGAUGGCACAGCCGAGUCCACCAGUUCCUCCUGCCAAGUCAGGACUUCAUAUAUUCCUGCAGAGAUCAUGUGGGGGUUCCAGUUUCUCCCAGUUAUCUCCCGCACCAAAGAGGGAAAAUAUCGGGUCAACUUCUCUAAUUUUACCAAAGUGGUUCCGGUCGAAACACCAACCUGUGCUAAUUUUUCCAGGUGCCAAGAGCCAAAAGAACAUUCAAGUGCCCAUACCAAGGCUGAGGACUUUGAGAAGAUGGAGGAGUCCAGUUCAGACCAGUCCAGUGCUACCAAUAUGUGA